GCCGAUGAGGUACUCUCGUAUGCCUGUACGAGUCAGUUAAUUCUGUUGGGUAGCUGAGAAAAUGCGUAUCAUACUGAAGAAUGUUGCAGAUGCGAUGCCGCUAUUCAUGGCCGAAAAUAAGAAUAGAGGUCCGGGUGGUUGUGACUUGAGGACGCCAUAUAACCCUGCAGUAAGACCACAGACAGUAGUCGCAUGUUAGGAGUACGCCUGUGGCUACCGUCUGUGGGGCUGAAGGAUCCAUUUGCAAUAACUUGAACAAGUUUGUGUUGCAGAGCAAGAUCUAGCAAGCUGAAAUUUCCGUAAAGCGGUUGUGACCCCCUCUACGGGGGUGAGUUUAUCAAUAACUUAGCAUUAGCAAGUGCACCAAGGUUCGAACGUUCAAGGUGUCUUUGUACGACAAUGUUCAAACGUACGGCUGCUCAAGCAUGGAGAGCUCGUCGUCUGCAUUCACAGGCGGGACAAGCAGCAAGAGCACGACCAGUUCGGUCUGCAGUCGUAGCUUCUUCUGCAGCUGCUACCGCGGGCCUACUCUGGUAUUCAUUGAGUACUACCAUCCACAACGACGCUAUUAUAACACCGAAGCUAGGAGAUACAUCUCAGCCCGUACGGAAGGCUUCUACGCCCAGUACUGGAAUCACUGAGGAUGACGGGAGUAUAUGUGCAGUCGUGUGGGGUUCCAACCAGUAUGACAUUAUCAACCCAAACGAACCCGGAGUCCAACGGGUACAGUACCCCGUAAAUGCCAGCUGGCUUAAAGAUGUUGCACUGCGUGACUUGGCACUUCAUGAGCGACAUGCUGCAUGUGUAGAUGCAAGGGGAGAUGUAUACCAGUGGGGUGACGGAUUCUUUGGCUCGAGUCCCACAUCAAAAUCAGAGCCGCAGGCACCGAAGUUGACAUUGCGUGGAAAGAACAUCAUCCGGCUUCAGCUCACCGAAUCUCGAGUAUAUGCUCUAUCGGCCUCGGGAACAAUAUAUGUCUUCGCGGCUAAUGCAGAACAACAAAAACUCCCCACUGCGAAGCCAACUCCUGCCAGUACGUCAUGGUGGGGGCCCGGCUGGAUAUGGGGAGAGGAAGGAAAUACCGUUGACUUUACGGAGAUUCUACCCAAGAAGAAACUCGCUUGGGGCGAACAGUUCGUAUCCAUUUCAGCGGGCAGAAACCACCUCUUGGCAUUGACAUCUUCUGGUCGGACAUACACUCAUCCCAUGAACAAAAACGCAAACACACACGGCCAGCUUGGUCUACGGAAGUUUGACAUUCCUGCUCCCUCAAGUUCUACCGACAUCGUCUCUCCGCCUCGCGUUCCCGUCGAGCUUAUUCCAAAAGCAAUGGCUGACCCGUUCGCUACAGCUUCUCCUUUCUCGCGUCCCCCGGUGUCAUCUGUGUCGCCUGCCACAUCCAUCAACAUUGAUGGAAUAGAUGACCAGCACAUCAGAUUUUCAGAUUCCCUCUUUGAGAUACCUUCCCUUAAAGGCAUCAAGGUCUCUCAAAUUGCAGCUGGAGGUCGUAGCAGCUUUGUGAUGACAGAAGAAGGUAGGGUGCUUGGCUGGGGAGCGAAUGAGUUUGGCCAGAUCGGACUGGGUGGCAACAUGACUCUUGACACAAUUAUCUUACCGACAGAGGUAGUUCUAUCGAGGAACGUACCCAGUUCUGUCCGCACAAGAUGCAUUGACAUCGCUGCAGGUGGUGAUUUGACAUGUUUCGUCGCCGAACGAACAGAUGGCGAAUCCCUCGCCUAUGUUGACCUUCUGACCUGUGGUAAUGGGCAGUGGGGAGGACUAGGGAACAACCUAUUCUCGAACGCUCAAGGGAACCCUGUCCGCGCAAAGAACGUUAGCGGUCUCCGUGAAUACAACGAAGACAGUCGAUCCAUGUCCCCGAUCCUUCCUCACGCUAUCUCGGUCUCACCUACCGGUCAUGUUCUGAUGACUUUGGAUACGCAAGCUCAUGGGGGGCCGGGUGGCUCAGGACGAGAUCUAGUCGCCUGGGGAACAAACCACGACUAUCAGCUUGGGACUGGUAAAAGAAGUAGUCUUCCUGUGCCCACGACCUUGGAACAUCCUGAAGGCGGUCGAUUUAUCCUGGGUCGACGAAAAGCUCCGGUGAGGGACCUUAAUGGUAAGGUAUGGGGGAAGAAAGUCGAGGUCGAGCAGCGUGCAGUUGCGGGGUACGGUAACAGCAUUGUGUAUUGGAAGAUCAAGUAAGUAGUGGAGGGUGCAGGAACGUAUUAUAGAUACUAAGUACUAGACACCUUUUGCACGUGAGUUUCACAUGACCGCGACGCGGCUGUGGCGUACU